AUGGCAUCCCGAAUGAAGAUAAUAUGUUAUGUUCUAUUGGGCCUUAUAUUUGCAUCCACCCUGAUUGACGCUGCAGUUGCGGAAGAGCGUGGUGGUGGAGAGCGUGGCGGUGGAGGAGGGCGUGGUGGAGGAGGUGGACGUGGUGGUGGUCCAGGGCAUGGUGAUGGUGGUGGUGGAGGAGGACGUGGACUGAGCGAGACUGAUGGUGGUCCAGGACGUGGUGGUGGACGCGGUGGAGGUGGUCCAGGACGUGGUGGUGGUGGUGGUCGUGGAGGUGGUCCUCCUGGCCAUGGGUCAUUUGCCACUCUGAACAAUUCACACAAUUUAAACAUAAAUAUGACUACAUGGUAG